AUGGGGUUAGCUGCCAUCAAGCUAAAUGCAUUUCAGUUUGUGGGUUCUAUCAUUGUGGGUAACAUUCAAGAAGCACGCGAGACAUUGUUUGCUGAAGAUGUGUUGACUGAGAAGGAAAUUACACCAACGGGUGGCUUCCCUCAUUAUGGUAUCGUUAAGGAUGAUUAUAUCCUGAUCAAGGGUUGCUGUGUUGGUCCCAAGAAGAGAGUGGUGACUCUAAGGCAAUCUCUCCAAAAGCAGACAUCCCGUGUUGCACUUGAGGAGAUCAAACUCAAAUUUAUCAAUACAUCCUCCAAGUUUGAUCAUGGUCGCUUCCAGACUACCAGCGAAAAGCAGAAGUUUUAUGGUCGUCUUAAGGCUUAA